AUGAGCAUUGAUGUGGCUCAGGAAGUCUGUUUCCUCUCCCAGACUGGAGUAGGUAUCAUGGGGAACUCCCUUCUCAACAUGCUUUAUCUCUCCUCAUUCCUCCUGGGUUCCAAACCAAAGCCCACAGACCUGGUCAUCAUUCACUUAGCUCUGGUCCAUACCGUGAUGCUUCUUACAAGGUGUAUUACCAGAACAGCUGGAAUAUUGGGGCUGGGGAUUGUACAGACCAGUGUUGAGUGUAAACUGUUUGCCUAUGUCUGCCGCAUCACCCGGGGUCUCUCCAUCUGUACUACUUCUCUACUGAGUGUAGUCCAGGCCAUCACCAUCAGCCCUUCCACCUCCUACCUGUUCCACCUCAAGAUUCAGAUCCCAGACCUCAUCCUCCCAGUCUUAGCCAUCUUGUGGAUUCCAAACAUGCUGAUAAGCACCCAAGUGUUGUACCAAGUGGUCGCUUCACGUAAUGCAACCACCAUUGAGACCAAUUGUUACGCUGUGCCCUUAAAUACACUCCUUCAGGGACUAAUUCUAACCCUGAUGGCUCUCCGUGACAUCCUCUCUCUGGGGCUAAUGAGCUGCUCCAGUGGCUACAUGGUCCUUCUCCUGCAUCGACAUGGGCGCCAGGUCAAGCAUCUUCACAGUACUGGCCAAGCCCCUGAAAAAUCACCAGAGAGACGAGCCACCAAAAUCAUUGUGCUGCUUGUGAACUGCUUUGUAUUCUUCUACUGUGGAGACUUUGUCCUUUCCCUGUUUCUAGGGACAUCCAUGAAGAAUUAUGUCACCCUCUUGAAUGUUAGCAUGUUUGUGGUAAAUGGAUAUGCCACCAUCAGCCCCUUUGUCUUCCUCACCUGUGACACCAGAGUCAUCAAGUUCCUAGGUGAUUUUCUGGGGAAUAAGACCCGAAGAUAA